UGCAUUAAAAACAAAGGAAGAAGCAGUGUUGUCAAUCAUCGAUGGUGUGAGCGAGUGAAGAUGGCAUUGAGAGCUGCGCUGAGGAACAAGUGCGGUUUAUCGGGUCUCCUUUCUCUGCGGUCCUCCUGCAGCAGUCAUGGCAGAGUGUGUGCGUCCCCCAUUGCUCAGCAGAGAAACAACUCCACCUCGCCCAAGAUCAAAGUGGAUUUUGACCAAAGCACAGGUGUGGCGGUGAUGCAAAUGCAGAGUCCGCCGGUCAACAGCCUCAGUUUAGAUUUCCUCACAGAGUUCAGCAUCGCCACAGAGAAGCUGGAGAUGGAUAAGAGCUGCCGAGGCCUCAUCAUCACCUCGACCCAGCCCAAGGUGUUCUCAGCCGGGCUGGACAUCAUGGAGAUGUACAGGAAGAGUCCAGAGCACUGUGGAGAAUUCUGGAAAGCCGUUCAGGAGAUGUGGCUGAAGCUCUAUGGCUCCAACAUGGUCACUAUAGCUGCCAUCAAUGGUUCCAGUCCGGCGGGAGGCUGUCUGAUGUCUAUUGCAUGUGACUACAGGAUAAUGGCGGACAACCCCCGUUACAGCAUCGGCCUUAAUGAGACACAGCUCGGCAUCGUAGCACCUUUUUGGUUUAAGGACACCAUGAUCAACACAGUGGGCCACCGAACCACAGAGAUGGCUCUGGAGUUGGGGAUGCUCUACAAUCCUUCAGACGCCCUGAAGAUAGGACUGGUGGACCAGCUGGUACCUGAAGACCAGGUCCUCACCACAGCCACACAGACCAUGACCAAGUGGUUGGCUAUUCCAGACCACGCCAGACAGAUCACCAAGUCCAUGAUGAGGAAGCCAACCAUCGACAAGCUAACGUCCAACAGAGAGACUGACAUCCAAUACUUUGUCAACUUCAUCACCAAAGACUCCAUUCAGAAGUCGCUCGGCAUGUAUCUGGCAAUGCUUAAAAAGAGAAAGGGCUAGAGGAGACUACUUAUACGCAUCUGCCUUCAGUGUCCUGUGUUCGCUGGUGUCAGUUGUACUAAGAACCCUGAAUGCAGCUCUCUGAACCUAAAUAAAUUAAAUAAUGAUUAAAAUUGACCGUACACUAAGCCCUAACCCACAUUAUUGCAACCCCUGUCAAGCUUCCUUUCUCACACGACACGUAUGCAGUUUACGAUAAUGGUGGCAGAUUUACCAUCCAAAAUUAGCAUUAUUUAUUUAUUUCCAUGUGAAUAGACACGCAAGUAAACGUCACACGUCAAAUGUCGCAAAUGUAUAAUAAACUAUGACAUGCUCCUUGUAACAUCAGCCUGCUACUGUAGUUAGUAAGCCAAUUAGCUGGACAUGCUAACAUUUUAAGCUUACAUUAAAGCAGAUAAACACACUCUUUAUCCAUCUUUUGUUCUUAUGGUCUCUGUUUUGGGAAUGCUACAGAAACACAGAGCUCUUCACCCUCUUUAAAUCCUGAGUGUAUCUCUCACACUGCUCCGACAUGUUGAGAAAUCCAAAGUUCGACGGACCAGCCGUGCCGAGUUAUGGUUGCUAAGCUAUGAUUGGACAAUUGCUGUUUGGGGAGGGGUUUAGUAAACGGUCAGUUUGUCACAGUCAGGUCUUCACCAUUCACAGUGCCUAGCCUUACUGUACCUUUAUGAGCCAUAACAACUAUAAAGUUAGCCUGGGUGUAUUUGAAUAACCCACAGUGAGUGGAGCCUUUCUAAUCUCUUACAGAUUUAUCUACAUCAAGUUUUUCUAACAUCUUUUCUGCCAGAAUUUUUAGAAUAAAUGGGUGUGUAUAUGUGGAUACAUUGGUGUGAUUAAAGAAUUAAUUGAACGGUCAAAA